GACAAGGCGCCGGGCCAGGCUGACGACGUCGACCCUGACCUCAUCCCAGACAAGUUCGAACCUCAAGAAGACAGUGAGUGUGUUCCGCUGAGGGACAUGUCUCCCGCUCUUACGUCUUACCAGAACCACUGUUUGACCAACACCUGGAGGAUAUCACAUGAUCAGCAGGCGAGCCAGGCGCGGCUGUCGGCGGCCCGCUGAUUGCGCGGGCGCACCGCAAGGAUGCGCCGGUGCCCACCGCCCGCCCCCGCGCCUCGGUCUGUGUCUGGGUGCGCAGCCUGACCGCGGUGGUACAAGGCGCGCCGUGCCGGCUCGUAGCCAGCCUGAGGACUCCUCUCACCGGACACGACCUCUUCAACCGCAACGGCGUUCAAAUUCUGCGACUGAACUAGAGCUUACGGUUUCGUUUGAAAAGCAGCUACACGGCGAGUGGUCGAGUAGUGGGUCUUCGUCAAUCGACAUGUGGUGACGUAGAAGAAUACUGGCCGGGACUCAAUCACGAAGAGCUCGAUAUCGUAUUAUUUAUGGACGUACAGUUCCCCAAGUUACAGAGUAACACGUAAAACCCCGGAAUACGUCUUCCAGUAAAGGAAAAAAUUUAAACACUCCAACGACUGUAAAAAAUACGGCUGCAUUGUUUAUUUGAACUGAAAACGGUGUGUAAUACUGUUAUAUUGAAAUCGAUGUUUUCGUCAUAUUCGGAGAAAAAGACGUACUAUAUCUGCUCAUCAAAUCAUUUUCAGAUUUGAAAGUGGAAUAUUUUUCGGUGCUCUAAGAACAGAUAACUAGGAGUUUUCAAAAGGUUGUGAGUUUCUUUACAGUGGACCCUAGAUGAAUACAGCAAGAAGUUCUGCGAAGGUAAGCUACCAUUACUCUUGUGCUCCCAUUAACUGAAACACUGCGAAAAAAGAAACUAGUUUCUGAAGGACGAACUUCUGACCGAGGUAUUUGAAAACAAGUUAAUCUCAGGUGAACGAUUAAUACUGUGAAGCCAUGACCCACAAUGUCAAAAAUA